AUUCGGCGAGGCCAGACGGUUUGGCGCUUGCGAGCUAGAGAGAGCUUCGUAGAUAUAGGUAGGGAAGGAAGCGAGCGAGCGAGCGAACCAACGUGCAAGGGUGUGGGAGAGAGGGGGAUAUCUGAAUUAGGGUUUUUGACAUUCCCAGAGAUCGAAAGGGGGCGACCAGGAGUGUGAGAGAGAUAGAGAGAGUUUUGUGAGUCUGCUUGAGCUAAGAGAGCGAUUUCGAACCAAUUUGAGUGUUAGGGUUUCGCCAUCUCCAUCCCCUAUUCGCUUAUAGCAAAAGUUCUUGAAGUUUUUCAUGGAACGAAAGCUUGUGGUUUUGGGUAUACCAUGGGAGGUGGAUACAGAAGGUUUGAGGGAAUAUAUGAGCAAAUUUGGAGAAUUGGAGGAUUGUAUUGUCAUGAAGGAGCGGUCAUCAGGUCGCUCUCGGGGUUUUGGGUAUGUAACGUUUGCAUCAGCUGAAAAUGCAAAGAAUGCAUUAUCAAGUGAACAUUUUCUUGGCAAUAGAAUGCUGGAAGUUAAAGUGGCCACGCCAAAGCAGGAGGAGAUGAGAGCACCUGCAAAGAAAGUGACAAGGAUAUUUGUGGCAAGGAUUCCACCAUCUGUGACUGAAACAACCUUUCGAAGUCAUUUUGAGAAAUAUGGCGAUAUAAUAGAUCUGUACAUGCCAAAGGAUCAUAGCUCAAAAGCACAUCGUGGAAUUGGAUUUAUCACAUUUUCUAGUGCAGAUUCUGUGGACAGUUUGAUGGCUGAUACUCAUGAAUUGGGAGGUUCUAAUGUAGUUGUAGAUCGAGCAACACCUAAGGAAGAUGAUUUCAGGCCAGUUGGAAGAAUGGCACAUGGUGGAUAUGGUGCAUACAAUGCCUAUAUUUCUGCGGCUACUAGAUAUGCUGCACUUGGUGCUCCUACCUUAUACGAUCAUCCAGGUCCAAUGUAUGGAAGGGAACCUGCUAGAGGAAUGGGCAAAAAGAUUUUUGUUGGCAGGCUUCCUGAGGAAGCGACUGCUGAAGAUCUGCGCCAGUAUUUUGGUAGAUUUGGUCAUAUAUUAGAUGUUUACGUUCCCAAGGAUCCAAAGAGAUCUGGCCACAGAGGUUUUGGAUUUGUAACCUUUGCUGAAGACGGUGUGGCAGAUCGUGUUUCUCGAAGGUCUCAUGAGAUUUGUGGACAUCAGGUUGCAAUAGAUUCAGCAACACCUAUUGAUGAUGCUGGCCCAAGUGGAAAUUUCAUGAUGAAUACUGCUCCACCUUUUGGGGGUUAUGGUGGUCCUUUGCGCAACUUUGGUAGGAUGUAUGGAAGCCUGGAUUUUGAUGAUUGGGGUUAUGGACUGGGUAGUGCAAGACCUUCAAGGGCAGAUUGGAGGUAUAGGCCAUACUAAGUCAAGGAUUGUGGCCAUGGAGAACUGGGGUUGUCCCUUGAGUCUUUCAGUGCUGUCAACAAGAUGCGAAGGCUUUGUGAACUGAAGUUUCUUAAAUAAGCAGAAUAAUCAUUGGACUUUGUCAAUAUAAAUAUAUUUUUUCUUUUAGUCAUGGUGGAUGCUGAAUACAUGAUCUUGUACUUUCAUUUUCAAUGUCUAGCUGUUCAGAAUGUUAGUGCUGGUGGAAAUUAGCCGUGUAGGAAUACAGCCAGGGAUUAUGAUUUAACCUGUGGCUUUGGGCUGGACUAAGUUUUGACGAAGAAUGAGACUUUCGCUAUGUUGUAAGUUAAAUAUUUAUUACUCGAUUUUUCUUUUUAAAUCACAAGCUGUGUUUGAAAUUAGUAUCA